AUGUCUUCCGAGGUUUCAGCACCAAUAGGGACAUGUUCCCAAAUCUACCAGGAUAAGAUAAAAACUUUUGCUCAAUUGCUCAAUCAGUUCCAGAGCCGCAGUGAGAGAAUGUAUCCAGGUAAGAUCAGUCAUCACUGACCUCUACAGAGAAGUACGUUCAAUACCGGGACUUUGAAUGAUCUAACCCUCACACCAAAAACACAUCACAGAAAAAAUAAAGCAUAUUAUGGAAUUUUUUGAGGGGUGCACUUCCGACUUGAUCAGAUGAACCUGCAAAAAUCUUGCUUUCCCCACUUGAUUUAUACAUAAUGUCAGACAUAUUCUGCCAGAAAAUAUCAAUAUUAUUCUAUUACACUUGUCCCACAAUUAUCACUACAAUAAUGUGUUUUAUACAUUGGUCCAACUGGAAUAAAAGGAAGAUAUUAAUGUCCUAGUAGCUGGAUUAAAAUCAGCAGUGAAUAUCACACUGAAUCACAAUAUAUGUUAUAUGUGUCCCAUGAAAAAAAUCCACCUUAUAAAUAAAUUACAUGUUAAAAAUGACUGCAGUGCAGUAUAGUUGCAGUAUAGCUUUUUAAUUGACCUGGAUGUAAGUACAACAUGACUUUAAAAAUAAUCUUUAUUGUGAUGUAAAUGGAAGCAACAUUACUUUGCUCAUUUUCUCAUUCCCUAGUAGGUCACAUAUUGUAUAAUGCAUGUUGUCAGUCUGACUUUUUUUGUACUUUAAAAAAAAAAUGCUGUUUUUUUUUUAUUGUCUUUGUCUAUGUUUUAUAAAAAAUGAAAUCAAUAUGGAAUGUUAAAAAAAAAAAAAAUCUUUAUCUUUGCUGAAUAUGCAAAACUGGAUUUUUUUUUUGGUAAAAAUCUUAGUGAAGAGUAAAAUCUAAAUAUACAUAAAGAAAUUAUAUUUAAAAAUUGUCAUUUCCAUUUCCAUUCCAUUCAUUCAGGAAUACAAUAGUACACAUUCAUGUCAGACAAUUACUGUUUGUAGGCUACUAUUAUCUGAUAAUCAUAGAAACAUAGAACAUAGAAUGUGACGGCAGAUAAGAACCAUUCGGCCCAUCUAGUCUGCCCAAUUUUCUAAAUACUUUCAUUAGUCCCUAGCCUUAUCGUAUAGUUAGGAUAGCCUUAUGCCUAUCCCACGCAUGCUUAAACUCCUUUACUGUGUUAACCUCUACCACUUCAGCUGGAAGGCUAUUCCAUGCAUCCACUACCCUCUCAGUAAAGUAAUACUUCCUGAUAUUAUUUUUAAACCUUUGUCCCUCUAAUUUAAGACUAUGUCCUCUUGUUGUGGUAGUUUUUCUUCUUUUAAAUAUAGUCUCCUCCUUUACUGUGUUGAUUCCCUUUAUAUAUUUAAAUGUUUCUAUCAUAUCCCCCCUGUCUCGUCUUUCCUCCAAGCUAUACAUGUUAAGAUCCUUUAACCUUUCCUGGUAAGUUUUAUCCCGCAAUCCAUGAACCAGUUUAGUAGCCCUUCUCUGAACCCUCUCUAAGGUAUCAAUAUCCUUCUGAAGAUACGGUCUCCAGUACUGUGUACAAUACUCCAAGUGAGGUCUCACCAGUGUUCUGUACAAUGGCAUGAGCACUUCCCUCUUUCUACUGCUAAUACCUCUCCCUAUACAACCAAGCAUUCUGCUAGCAUUUCCUGCUGCUCUAUUACAUUGUCUGCCUACCUUUAAGUCAUCAGAAAUAAUCACCCCUAAAUCCCUUUCCUCAUAUGUUGAGGUUAGAACUCUAUCAAAUAUUCUGUACUCUGCCCUUGGGUUUUUACGUCCAAGAUGCAUUAUCUUGCACUUAUCCACAUUAAAUGUCAGUUGCCACAAUUCUGACCAUUUUUCUAGUUUACCUAAAUCAUUUGUCAUUUGGCUUAUCCCUCCUGGAACAUCAACCCUGUUACAUAUCUUAGUAUCAUCAGCAAAAGACAUACCUUACCAUCAAGACCUUCUGCAAUAUCACUAAUAAAAAUAUUAAAGAGAAUGGGUCCAAGUACAGAUCCCUGAGGUACCCCAUUGGUGACAAGUCCAAGCUUCGAAUAUAUUCCAUUAACUACAACCCUCUGUUGCCUGUCACUCAGCCACUGCCUUACCCAUUCAACAAUAUUUGAAUCCAAACUUAAAGAUUGCAGUUUAUUGAUAAGCCUUCUAUGUGCAACAGUGUCAAAAGCCUUACUGAAAUCUAGGUAAGCAAUGUCUACUGCACCACCCUGAUCUAUAAUUUUAGUUACCCAAUCAAAAAAAUCAAUAAGAUUAGUUUGGCAUGAUCUCCCUGAAGUAAACCCAUGUUGUCUCUGAUCUUGAAAUCCAUGUGUUUUUAGAUGUUCAUCAAUCCUAUCCUUUAACAUGGUUUCCAUCACUUUCCCACUACUGAAGUAAGGCUUACUGGCCUAUAGUUGCCCGACUCCUCCCUAUUACCUUUCUUGUAAAUGGGCACAACAUUCGCUAACUUCCAAUCUUCUGGGACUACUCCUGUUAACAACGAUUGGUUAAAUAAAUCUGUUAAUGGUUUUGCUAGUACACCACUAAGCUCUUUUAAUAGCUUUGGGUGUAUUCCAUCAGGUCCCAUUGACUUAUUUGUCUUUACUUUUGACAGUUGAAAUAGAACCUCUUCCUCUGUAAACUCACGUGUAAUAAAUGACUCAUUUAUCCUUUUUCUCAACUGGGGUCCCUUUCCUUCAUUUUCAUCUGUAAAUACAGAACAAAAAUAUUCAUUGAGGCAGUCAGCUAGACCUUUAUCCUCUUCUACAUACCUUCCUUCUUUUGUUUUUAAUCUAACUAAUCCUUGUUUUACUUUUCUUUUCUCAUUUAUGUAUCUAAAAAAUGUUUUGUCCCCUUUUUUUACUGACUGUGCUAUUUUCUCUUCUGUGUGUGAUUUGGAAGCUCUUAUAACUUGCUUAGCCUCUUUCUGCCUAAUCUUAUAGAUCAUUUUGUCUUCCUCACUCUGGGUUUUUUUAUAAUUCCUAAAUGCUAACUUUUUGUUUUUAACUAUUUUGGCCACAUCUGCAGAGUACCACAGUGGUUUCUUGAAUUUUUUGCUUUUACUGACAAGCCUAAUGCAAUUUUCUGUUGCCUUCAAUAGUGCAACUUUUAAAUAAUCCCAUUUCUCUUGGACUCCAUUUAAAUUGCUCCAGUCUGAUAAUGACUCCUCUACCCAUAUUCUAAUUUUAGAAAAGUCUGUUUUUCUAAAGUCUAAAACUUUUGUUUUUGUGUGGUGUGACUCAGUCACUGUUCUUAUAUUAAACCACACUGACUGAUGAUCACUGGAUCCUAAACUUUCACCUACAGUAAUAUCUGAUACCAAAUCUCCAUUUGUUAACACUAAAUCUAGUAUGGCCUCUUUACGAGUUGGCUCCUCAACAACUUGUUUUAGAGACAAUCCCAGUAGGGAGUUUAGAAUAUGUGUGCUCCUGGCACAAGUAGCUAAUUUUGUUUUCCAAUUUACAUCAGGAAGAUUAAAGUCACCCAUGAUGAUAACUUCCCCCUUCAUUGUCAUUUUAGCUAUUUCCUCAACUAGUAGAUUAUCUAACUCUUCAAUUUGUCCUGGGGGCCUAUAAAUCACACCUACACGAGUUACUGUGUGAUUACCAAAUUCUAACGUAGCCCAAACGGACUCUAUGUUUGCCUCACUAACUUUUAUUUGGCUAGAUUUUAUGCUAUCCUUCACAUACAGGGCCACCCCUCCCCCUUUCUUGCCUUCCCUAUCUUUCCUAUAUAAAGAGUACCCUGGUAUUGCUAUGUCCCAGUGUGAUUAUUUCUCCAACAGACGUCAUUCCCUCUGCCUCUUUUGGCUUCUUGGGCUCUAUUAUAAAGUAUAUUAACAAAUACGUAGGACAAGACCAUGGAACCAAGGGAUUAGUGUGCGUUAAUUUAGAGUGUUGAUGGGCGAAUCACCACUUAAAACUUUUCUCAAGUGCCUGCUAGUAUUUCCAAAGGUUCUUUUAAUUCACUCUUUCAAGAACCCAGGGGGUUAAUAUAAGGUGUAUAAUUCUAGAAUAAUUUUUUUUAUUAUUACAUUGAUUUGGGACUCAAACUAGGACAUUUGAAAUACAUGAUUGGGUUUACCUCUAGGGAAGAUCUAUAGAUGAAGGAUAGUUAUUCUGGUGGCAGUUGGGGUAGUCUGAAUAAUCUAGGAUGGGUAAUCCUCAAAUUAACUAGGAUGUCAAAAAUGGCUUUACUGGGGUGAUCAUGAUUUGAGAGUGUAAUCAUCUCACCAGGAAUUCUUCUACAAUCUUUCAGAAUUGUCGAUUGUUAUCAUGUGCUGAAAAGUAGGUCUCCAUGUCUCACCACCCUACAGGUAGUAAAUUAAGCUAAGAUUUAAUAAAAAAAAUGUUUGUCAGGGAAUAUUACGCCUGGUGGAUGAUCCAAAGGUGCAGGUGAUAAUAUGAUGCCAUUGGGGAUAUUUUAAUCAUUUUUUCCUUUCUGUAAUAACUACCACCCUUGUUACACUUUUACUUGUAGACCAUGAUUUACCAUCUGUCAGAAAUAAUUAGUGCAUUACCCUCUCAUUAAAGGAUCACUGUAGUCACCCAGACCACUUUAGCUUAGUGAAGUGGUCUGGGUGCCGGGUCCAUCUAGGUUUAACCCUUUUUGCUGUAAACAUAACAGUUUCAGAGAAACUGCCAUGUUUACCUAUGGGUUAAUCCAGCCUUUAGUGGCUGUCUCAUUGACAGACGCUAGAGGCGCUUACUCGCUUCUCACUGUGAUUUUCACAGUGAGAAGAUGCCAGUGUCCAUAGGAAAGCAUUGGGAAUGCUUUCCUAUGGACUGGCUAAAUACGCGCGCGGCCCUUGCCGUGCAUGCGCAUUCAGCCGAUGACGGCGAAAAAGGGGAGGAGAGUUCCCCGCGCCGAGGGAGCCUGGUGGGGGAGAACAGGUAAGAUUAAACCUCUUCCACCUCAUAGAGCCUGGCGGGAGGGGGGCCCAGAGGUUGGGGGGGAACCUAGAGACCCUAUAGUGCCAGGACAAGUGUUUUCCUGGCACUAUAGUGGUCCUUUAACUCUUUAAUUACUUAAAAGUAAAAUAAUACUUUUUGUGAUACAUUUCAAAUGCUCUGACUUGAUCUUCAUAUUCUUGUUUAAUACCUUUUGUCUCAACCCUUAUUAUCUUCUUCAGAAAGUAAGUAAGUAACUAUAUUACUUGAAACUAGUCAAAGGUUUUUUUGAUACAAAAUGAAUAUUACAUUUUAUAUAUAUAUAUUUCAAAACAAAGCAAUUAUGUGACUUUGUUUAGCCUUCAGAACAAUGUAACAAUGGAUGCCGUGAAUCAGACUAAAGUGACCUUCUUCAUUAUUAAGGGGAUAUCGGAUGUCCCAGAGCUCCAGGUUCUAAUCUUCAUUCUGGUUCUGCUGAUUUAUUUCAUCACCCUUGGAGGUAACAUGACCAUUCUCCUGCUCGUCUGUUUGGACCAUCAUUUGCACACUCCCAUGUACUUCUUCCUGUGUAACCUCUCCAUCAUGGACAUGUGCUGUUCCACCGUAACUCUACACAAUAUACUUGUCAUUUUUCUAUCUGGAAAUGAUAGUAUUUCUUUCUCUACCUGUAUGGCACAAAUGUACUUUUUUUCAUGUUUUACCUCGAAUGAGUUGUUGAUACUGACUGCCAUGAGCUAUGAUCGCUAUGUGGCCAUUUGUAACCCCUUGCACUAUAACGUUGUUAUGAAAAUGAGGAACUGUUUUAUGUUGGCGUUUGCCUGCUGGUUUGUGGGGUUUCUAGAAAUUAUACCGUACGUGGUUUUAAUCGUAAAUCUCUCCUGCUAUAAAUCCAAUGUUAUCAACCAUUUCUUUUGUGAUAUAAUGUUUAUCAUAAAAUUAUCCUGCAGUGAUACUUUUUCCCUGGAUGUUUUAUUUUUUACAGGAGGAUUGCUUAUAUUGGGUCUCACUCCCUUUGUCUUCACAUUUAUCUCUUAUUUCUUUAUUAUUGCCACCAUACUGAGGAUCCGCUUGAGGUCCGGGAGACAAAAAGCCUUCUACACAUGUUCUUCCCAUCUCACGGUGGUUAUUAUGCUUUACUCGACACUCUUCUUCCAGUAUGUAAUACCAUCUUCUGUCAGAAUUUUGGAUUUUAAUAAAGGUUUCUCUCUUUUUAAAACAGCUGUUGUUCCAAUAUUAAACCCAAUAAUUUACAGCUUAAAAAAUAAAGAUGUAAAGGCAGCUUUAAAACGAAAAACUAAGAUGGGACAACAUAUUUUUGGGACAGAACUCACUUGAUGCAGACAGGUUCCUCUGAAGUCCCUUCAAGGUACUAAGGAACUGGCGAUUAAUCAAUAAACCUAUAUCAUUUUGCUCUCUGCUGAAUCUUCUGCCGCAUUGUUGAGCAGAGGCUGGUGAAGGUUCGGGGCAGCUGCUGGUUCAGCUGGAUACUGUGUUUUGGCUGCUGGUGUUAAUUAGGGUAAGGAGAACCUAAGGUGAGGAGAAUUGUAUCGUACUAACUGCAGUGAGAGGAUCUCCUUUAGUGGGCCUGAGAAGGACACUAGGAAAUAACCAGAUGAAUUGUCCAAACUACUGGAGAAUGAUGUUAUGCACUGGAGGCUUCUCCAAAGAGCCCCUAGGACAGAACCUCACUAGUUUCUGUUGCAAUCCUAUUGGUGGGGAUAAUAGUAAUUGCAACAUGCAUAUUAAAUACGUGACUUUAACCUUUGAGAUCUGCCUCUUUAAUGAUGCCAGUUCUGCAGUUUCCCCAGAAACUAGAUAUUGACAUUUCUGAAAAAUGUCUGUGUUUCCGGUGUAUCCAUAAAUUUAUGGUGACAUAGCAGGCACCAUGGGCGGAGUACAUGGAGUUAAAUGAGAAGAAUCCAACAGGUCAGGAGGUGGGGCUUACACAGAUAUAGAGUGGAGUAUAAUUGCAGGUGUGGUGUGAAAUGCUCCACUAUCUUAUAUAAAGUCUAGGCAAGUGUAUGGCACUUCCAGCAGAUGAAAAUUACACUAAGCAUAUGCCCAGGUGCUGCCUCAAAACCUAAACAGUGAAUCAUAAAAACCAACACAAAGUGAUAAAUCACAAUGUAAGAUACACCCUUGAAAGGUGUCUAUGGUACACAAAUACUAUAUAAAAAUACUUAAAAGCAAAGAUAUUGCAGGUUCUUGUAAAUUUCAGAUGUGGAGCCAGAAAUAUGCAACACAUAGUGUGUAGUGUAUAUAAAAAUUAAAUAUUGUAAUGAUUAAUGGUUACGCUCACAGAUUACAGAGCCGUGCCAUGCUCUGUAUAGAACGGCCAAUGGUUUCCUUCUGGGCAAAUGGAGACCACCUGUGGACAGCUCGAAGUGAAGAAUCCGUUGUAAAGUGGUCAACAGCAAUACCGGAAUCAGUAAGGUGAAUUUUUUAACAAAAGGACAAAAAAUAUAAAACCAAAUAAACAUAUAACAGUCCUUGUGGGAAAGUAAUUAGUCCUUUAAAAAACAGCGAACAAACGCGUUUUGACUUUAAGUCAGUCUUUAUCAAAGUCUUUGAUGAUUUCUUUGUGUGCCGUUGUUUAAAAUAGCCCGCCAAAUUACUUCCUCAAUUGCAGCACUUUGGUGGAUUUCGGUCGAUUUUGGCGUCCAACGUCAUUUCUGGUCCAUGGAAUUAGAUAUCAAUUCUUCCUUAGGUGCUUGAUAAUACCGAUAUCGGGAAGUAGAUCCUACUUAAUAUCACUUACAUAAUGUUUAAGGAUUAAAAAAUUCUAAAUCAGACUUUAACAAACAAAUAGAUACACAGACUUGUGCAUGGCUAAUAUUAACAAAAUAUCCUUUUAACCUGUAUGAAUAAAAGAUGUGCAAAAAAAUUGAAAAGCGAACUAAUAAAAUACAUGUUAAUCAAAAUACGGUGUUAUAUAAAAUAAAGUGCGACCCAUAGAAAUUAAUAAAUAAAUAAGUAAUGUCUUGGAAUGAUGAAAGAAUAGGUAAGCAGGCAAAAUAGAAUGGAGUACUUAUGUCACUAGAUAAAAAAUCUACGACUUUUUAAAAAUUUAUAUAAAAAAAAUAUAUAAAGAUGUGUAUCUACAAAAACAAUUUAAUUAUUAUAAUAAAAAAAUAUAGUUAUUAUAAAAAAUGAAUUAACUCAAAAUCUAAAUUUAGAUUCGAGUUCGAAAAUCCACCUCCCUUCCAACUUACUCAAUUCCCUAGAAAUGUCCUCACCCCUCCAAUCAUUUUUCUUUUGGUGAAUAACCAUAAAACUAACUAAAGAAGGAUCAUUUAUUUGGUAUUCUGCAAAAUGGGAAGGAGGCACUAUGCUUGGUGUACCCUUUCUGGAUAUUGCCCAUGUGUUCCCGCACACGCGUUUUGAAAUACCUGGUGGUCAUCACAAUGUAUUCCAGACCACUAUCUUAUGACUUCACCAGCCAUCACUGGAUAGAUUAGAGAUAUAUUUCACUGAGGUUCGUGGCCAAUGAUAAUAGAGGCCUCGAAUAACUGAGCUAACACAGUAAAGAAAUGAAAAAAAUACAAUGCAAAUUCUAUGCCCUCCAAUAAGAAAAAAUGUACUCACUCAUUCGUUACCAGUGGAGCGGUGCCAAUUCUUCUGUUCGUCAAACAAAUGAUACACCAAAAGAAGAAACUGAAGCUGUCCUUAGAUUGUAUCAGUCCCCAAUGCCAUGGAGAUUCCAUAAUUAAAAAAAUGCAUGUAAACAUACCUGGCAGUUCCUCAGACCACUUACCUGCGGAUAACCAUGGUUUCAAACUAUAUGGUACCCACACAUCAGAAAAAUCAAGGGGGAGUUUUAAAAAAUAAAAAAAGUAAACUAAAGGAAAAACUGAUUUCUCGUCUGUGACAACACUUUCUGAGCAGACACUGCGGGGUAGCGUCAUUACAGACACAAAAUUCUAUGAGAAAAAAAUUAUUGGCAGGGCAGGGAGAUAACAGCACAAGCACCCGUUGUCUUCAAUGUUUCGCUGAGAAAAGAAUUGGAUAGGACAAAGUGUUGUUACUAAUGACUUCACCGGAGGCAGGGCGGCUGCAGAGAGGAAACUGUAUCAGCGGUGAAAUACAGGGUUGUGUGAUAUCAUUGAUUUUUUUUUUUUUAACUUUUUUUUUUGGCUGAAUCUAAACACCAACAGCAACAUUCUCAUGUUAAAAGAAAGGUAUUUUUAAUUUUAAAGUUUUCCUUUAAAAAAAAUACUAGAAAAAUAACUGGAGUCAGCCUACUAUGGUACACUAGGAGAAGGGGGUAACCCCAAGUAGAAUGGGACUAAGGAGCUUGAAGUAGUGUACCUAAAGUGGAUACUGGGAUAAAUAACGGAUAUUAUUCAGGAUAACUCCAGAUAAAGUCGAGUCACCAGAGCUGAAAUCUAAAAGACCAAACGGUCAAAAUAACAAAUGCUCUAUUGAAGAUAGUGAUAGCAUCUAAUGAUAAUAACCCAAAGUGCUAGACACACACAAAAAAAGGUGAAAACCAACACAGUGGAAAAAAUAAUAAUAUAAUAAUAAAAUAAUAAAUCGAUGUAAAUAAAUCGAUAUAGAUAAACAAAAGUCAAUAGACUCUGAUGUCUGAAAUAUGGUAGUCAAUGAAAGCAUACGUCUGUGCUUAAGUAACUAGGGAGAACGGCUACUCAAUAGGGUAGCUAGGACUCAAAUGUUACAAAAAAAAAAAUCAAGCAUGUGGUGCUUAUGGAGACAAAUGUAUCGCCUCAGUUGAACAAUCAUACAAAGUGUCCUAUCUGUGAAGCUAAACCACACACAGAGUUACAUUGAACUUAAUAGUGGUCAGCACGUGCCUACUAGCUAAAAUAUCAACACUAGAUCUUAAACAGUUGAUUGCUGUAGGUAAAGUCAACCUCAACUGCAGCAGCACAUGAAUGCCGCGUACCCUAUGGUUAGUGUAAUGAACACUAUGGAUUGAUGAAACAACUCAUAGUACGCUGUUCAACCAUGCUAGCAAUUCACUAUCAAUAUAAUUUAUAGCACUACUGUGAAUCAGAUGUAACAAAACUGUGGUAGCAUAUUUCUGCAGCAUUCCGCAAGGUUAAUGCUAAAAUCAAUAACUACUAUCAAGAACUGCUAAUGCUGGUCGUCAUGGUCAGCGGUUGGGCCAGCAGGUGCCUGCUAGCUGAAAUAUCAGCACUAGAUUCUAUACAGUUGAUUAGUGUAGGUAGAGUCUACCACAACUGUGGCAGCACAUGAAUGCCACGUGCCCUAUGAUUAGUAUUAUGAACACUAUUGAUUGAUGAAAUAACUCCUAGUACAUUGUUAAACCAUGCCGACAAUGUGCUAUCAAUAUAAUAUUUAGCAUUGCUGUGAAUCAGAUCAAACAGAGCUGUGGUAGCAUAUGCCUGCAGCAUACCACAAGGUAAAUGCUAUAGUAAAUAAUUGCCAUUUAGAACUGCUAAUGCAGGUAGUCACGGUCAGCGGUUGUCAGUAGCAUUAAGUAGUAUAGAGAGAUAGGAGGAGGAAAGGGGGUAGCCAUGGGAAAACGGUAUAGAAAUUUUUUUUCAGGUAACUGCAUAAACAGCAGCUCAACUGUAGUAUUGAUCUAAAGAUAUCUAAGCUGAUAUCGCCUUGUGGAAGAAAAGUGCCAGCAGAACUCUAUACCUAUAUAGAAUAGCCAGCACAACUCGUCUCCGGCUUGAAUAAGGUAAUUAAAUGAUAAGGCUAAACACUAAACCCCCACCUGCAGCUAUUCCCAUUCAAAAAGACAGUCUGUGGUCCCUAGUGAAAAAAUGAAUGAGAAGCCAGAAAACUAAAAAUAGAAAAUGAUAGUUCAAAGUAUGGUGCUGUCAAAAUAUGGUCAGAGACAGCAUCAGAAGGACCACUGAUGCACGCGUUUCGCCCCUUUUUUUGUGUGUGUCUAGCACUUUGGGUUAUUCUCAUUAGAUACUAUCACUAUCUUCAAUAAAGAAUUUGUUAUUUUGAGCGUUUGUUCUUUUACAAAAUACAAUUCUUUAGAAACAACAAGGGUUGGAGAGCAGCAACUCUUAGGCUAGUUUAGUUCUGAUUUAAAAAAAACUUUUCUCUUAUUUUAUAGGCCAUAGGUAGUCAGCAUCUUCUAGAAGGCCAAACACCUUUAAUAUUUCACAAAUCAAAAUCAUAAAAUCACAAUUGUGACAACCAUUGGACCAUCCCACUGAGUACUUUACACUGAGCCACAUGUCCGCUAUACGUGGCCUGUGGUGGCCAACACAAUCUCUUACCGCUCAAAGCUGUGGGAAAAUGUGAGAGUCAUUUACCAUUGCCCCCACUUCUUAAACAAUUGUGCCCACCAGUGUGCCAUGGUGAGCAAAUUCAUUGCCACAUGUUCAUUCUCACCGACCUGCAUCAUGCAGCCUUGUUAUCAAACCCUUUGUUUGCUGAGAACUCACUGUACCCAGCAAGUGUGAUAUGGCAUAACAUUAAUAGCUACAAGCUCAUUUUCACUUUCCCCUACAGUAACAUUGUUCUUCACUGAGUCAUUUGCUAGAGAGAUCCCUGCGGCCAACAUGUGUGUCUUUGGUGCAGUGUACUAUUAGCUCAACAUAUGUGCCUUAGCACCCCAAUUCACAAUCCAUAACAAGAGUAUUACUUUGCAAAAACCACUUUAGCUUAAUAAAGUCAUUUUGGUGCAUAGCCCAUGCUCCUGCGUUCUCACUGCUCAAUUCUUUGCCGGUUAGGAGUAAAACCACUUUAUUUGUGUAGCCCUAGCCAUACCUACUCCGGACUUCCUGCUCUGUUAAUUGGCUGCUAGUGUCAGCAAAUAGCACUGUCAACAGCCUCCUGUGUGAGAUUAAUGUUAUCACACAAAGUUUCACAGGAAAAAAACAAGAUCCCUGGCUGGCUGGGAAGAAACAAGAUCCCAGCCAGACCACCUUCUCAGUUAGUAUGAACAAGAAAACUAAUGAUAUAUAUCUGCCCACCUCAGAUCCUCAUAGAUUGUACACAGAAAAAUAGGGGACAAUCUGCUAAAUACAAAUAAAACAAAAAAACAUAGCGUAUAACUGUGUGGAGACUGGUAUUGAUGUGCAAUCACAAAUGGUCACUCACAAUUUUGAGGAGUUAAAAAAGCCUUGAAUGGUGUCUUUAUGGAGUUAAAGCAGCUUUAGAUGGUAUUUUUCAGUAUCCAGUAUGUUGUUCCUCCUCACAUAUUCAUCAGCAAAUGGGUAUAUAUGUCUCAAAGAGAGAAAAUGUACAAAAAUGUAGUGCACUUCCAGAAUAUAAUAAAAAGUAUUUUAAUAACUUACAUUCAAGAAUAAAACAAGCAGCAUAUCACCAUAAACGUCCUACGCGUUUCGUCCUUAAAAUGGACUUCCUCAGGGACUUGAUAUGAUAAAGUGCAAUCAAAAAUAGCAGCAAUAGUAACAAUAUCCCCCCCACUGUCCUUUAUAUACACCCCCAUUUGGUAUUUGAAGUCUUUCAGCUGGUGUUCAAUUUUCAUUUCGGCGGUAUGGAGUCGAGUGACGUCAUCACGUCCGUCGCGUGCGUUCCACCAUGCGUUCCACAGAUCCGGAAGUGGGUCGCGAUCGUCAGUCUCUCUCUCCUAUUCUCAUGCAUUGACUCAAAAUGUAUACAAACAGGUGGAUAAAACGAAAAAGGGGAGGAACAAAUAAUUAAAAGGAUACUCUGGACGGCACUACAAACUAAAUAAGAGAUGAAAUGAAUGUACAUUCUCAAUAGGAUCUAAAAUUAAAGACACAUAUAGGUAUAUAUAUAUCCCAUUUUCAUUAAAUGCAGAUUUUACAAAACAUUUUCUUGUCAUAUAUAUUCCCUUCUUAUUACAUAAAGUGCAUGAAUAGUAAUAUGACCCAACAUCUUGGAUAAUUUAAAUAAUAAUAUAACAAACUAUACACAUAUGAUAUAUAAACAAUAAACCCAUUUGCAUUGCACUCUUUGUCCCCUUCUUAAGGAUAAAAAUAAAAAUUUAUGACUAAAUAAAAAAUAAAAAUAAAAAUAGAAUUAAAAUAAAAAUAAUAAUAAAAAUAAAAAUAAAAAUAAAAAAUCAGAAUAAAAUAAAAUGAAAUAAAAUUAAAAUUAAAAAUGAAAAUAAAAAUAAAAAUAGAAAUAAAAAUAAAAAUAGAAAUAAAAAUAAAAAUAAAACAAAAUGAAAAACAAAAAUCUUUAAUUUAUCGAAUGGGAAAAAAAGUGCAAUGUUUCCCAAACAUCAAAAUAUAGAAUCAAUGAUGUUUUGUAAAAUCUGCAUUUAAUGAAAAUGGGAUAUAUAUAUACCUAUAUGUGUCUUUAAUUUUAGAUCCUAUUGAGAAUGUACAUUCAUUUGAUCUCUUAUUUAGUUUGUAGUGCCGUCCAGAGUAUCCUUUUAAUUAUUUUUUCCUCCCCUUUUUCGUUUUUAUCCACCUGUUUGUAUACAUUUUGAGUCAAUGCAUGAGAAUAGGAGAGAGAGACUGACGAUCGCGACCCACUUCCGGGUCUGUGGAACGCAUGGUGGAACGCACGCGACGGACGUGAUGACGUCACUCGACUCCAUACCGCCGAAAUGAAAAUUGAACACCAGCUGAAAGACUUCAAAUACCAAAUGGGGGUGUAUAUAAAGGACUGUGGGGGGGGGAUAUUGUUACUAUUGCUGCUAUUUUUGAUUGCACUUUAUCAUAUCAAGUCCCUGAGGAAGUCCAUUUCAAGGACGAAACCCGUAGGACGUUUAUGGUGAUAUGCUGCUUGUUUUAUUCUUGAAUGUAAGUUAUUAAAAUACUUUUUAUUAUAUUCUGGAAGUGCACUACAUUUUUGUACAUUUUCUCUCUUUAAGACAUAUAUACCCAUUUGCUGAUGAAUAUGUGAGGAGGAACAACAUACUGGAUACUGAAAAAUACCAUCUAAAGCUGCUUUAACUCCAUAAAGACACCAUUCAAGGCUUUUUUAACUCCUCAAAAUUGUGAGUGACCAUUUGUGAUUGCACAUCAAUACCAGUCUCCACACAGUUAUACGCUAUGUUUUUUUGUUUUAUUUGUAUUUAGCAGAUUGUCCCCUAUUUUUCUGUGUAUAUCUAUUGAAGACAAGAGGAAGUCUUCGGGGAUCCAUCUGGAUACUUCACCUUAGAGAUAAGGGAAGUUUUAGUUUGCUUUUAUAUUAUAUUGUUUUCACUGGGGUUGUGUUCACAUAUAUUGUUGUUUUUUUGUAUAUUUUAAUCCUCACUAUUGUGGCACAAUCAUUAUGGCAACUCAUUCAUUUUCAAAUAUACAAAGAGGUAGGAACGUAAGAUUUGAAAAAAAUGUUCCAACAUAAUACAGAUAAUAUCCCUUUAAGAGAUUCUGAUAAUUAUUAUUUUACCAAAUUGGAACGUUUAAUGGUAAAAGAAACAAAAAAAUGGUGGGAAGUGUCCUAUCUGGAAGGGUAUCUGAAAGAGGGAUUGAUCCCUAGAGGAUUAAGAGUGGAAAAAAUUCCAGCAUGUGGUAUAGAUAAUGAAGAAUUCCUAAGAAAAUGGGAUUCAACCAUAGAAACAUGUUCGCAAAAUCUUAUGAAAUUAAUAAUUGAAUUUGAAAAACAAGAAAGAGAACAAAUAGAGAUAGACAUAAAAACCCUAGAAUCUGAAGGAAGCCAAAACAUAGAACCUAAUAAAUAUAAAGAAAAAGAACAAGAAAUUUGUAAUGCAAUUAAUAAUUUAGAGGAAAGGAUUGCGGAGACUAAAAACAAUAAAAUGAAGAGAGAUAGAAGAGAUAAAACCUUUAAUACUUUUUCCACUAGUAACAAAAUUAAAAAUAAAUGAAAACGAAAUUUUGAUAGAGGUAAUAGGAAUUUUGAGGGGCCAAAUAGAAACACUUUUUUCAGAAAACCUGAUAUUUAUAAAAGAAAUACUUCACCUAUGCAAAUAAGAAAUUCUUCAACUAAUCACACACGAGAUUCACCCAUUAAAACUAGAAGACAUUCUAAUAAUCGUACACAAAGUCCACUUAUCACGAGACGAAAAACAUUUAUUUCAAAUAACAUUUCACAAACACAAAAUUUUUCUCAACAAAGGGGUAGGAGAGAACUGAUUUCUCCAAGUCGGUUUGAUUCUCCCCCUAGGAGAUCGUAUGCCCAAGUAACAAAAACUAGCCUGGAAUAUCCAGAAGAAAGGGAAAAUCUUUUUUUAGGGGGAGGGUCCCAGCACAGGGAUGGGAGAAUAACCCAAUUUUUCAAACCACGUCACAAUCACCAAGAAAUUAUAUCAGAUAUUCAUACAACUCCCCCCAAAAGAAAAAGAAUAGAGGAGAACCCAAGAAGAGAGGACUCCCUAAGACAAAGAUAUUAG